AUGCAGGAUGAGAGCAAAGGAGUAUACACUGGAGAUGGAUCUGUCGACAUCAACGGAAAUAGAGUCCUGAGGAGCAGGACUGGUGGCUGGAAGGCAUGCCCUUUCAUACUAGGUACCACCAUGACUGGAGUAAGAUCAAUCCAGGGGAUCACCACCCACCUCUGAGAAAGAUUGGAGAUUACUAGAUGAGCAAAAAAUGGAGAUUAUUAGAAGAUGAUAAAAAAGAUGGACUGUGACACCUUUUAAUCUCAGGAACGGAAUGCUGCGAGCGGCUGGCCUAUUAUGGGAUUGCGACGAAUCUGGUCACGUACUUGACGAAGAAGCUGCACGAAGGGAACGUCGCUGCUGCGAGGAAUGUGACCACCUGGCAGGGAACCUGCUACAUUGCUCCGCUGAUCGGCGCCGUCCUGGCAGAUGCCUACUGGGGGAGAUACUGGACGAUCGCCAUCUUCUCCACCAUCUACUUAAUCGUGAGUUGCAGAUGAAUUAUAUUCCUUCUUGCUUGCUUUCUUCUUCCUAGAUUUUACGUUCUAAUUUCAUUUCAUGGAGGGGAUGAGCUCAUUGACUCUAUUACUCACGAUAAAGUAGAUUACUCCCUCUUGCUUGCUCCAUUCUGCUCAGAUUUUACGUUCUAAUUCCAUUUCAUGCAGGGGAUGAUGAGCACGUUGACUCUGUUACUCACGAUGAAGUAGAUUCCUUCUUGGUUGCUUGCUUGAUUCUGCCCAGUUUACUAUUUCCGACUCCCAUCUCAUGCAGGGGAUGAUGGGCACGUUGACUCUGUUACUCACGAUGAAGUAGAUUCCUUCUUGGUUGCUUGCUUGAUUCUGCCCAGUUUACUAUUUCCGACUCCCAUCUCAUGCAGGGGAUGAUGGGCACGUUGACUCUAUUACUCACGAUGAAGUAGAUUCCUUCUUGGUUGCUUGCUUUCUUCAGCCCAAAUUUACUGGUUCUGAUUCUGAUUCAUGCAGGGGAUGAGCACAUUGACUCUGUCAGCGUCAGUUCCCGCUCUGAAGCCUCCUCCCUGCGUGGGGGACGUCUGCCCGGAAGCCUCGGUGGCCCAGUACGCCGUGUUCUUCGCGGGUCUGUACUUCAUCGCCCUGGGGACCGGGGGUAUCAAGCCCUGCGUGUCGUCCUUUGGAGCAGAUCAGUUCGACGACACCGACCCAAAGGAGAGGGUGAGGAAGGGGUCCUUCUUCAACUGGUUCUACUUCUCCAUCAACCUCGGAGCCCUCGUGUCGAGCAGCCUUCUGGUGUGGAUCCAGGACAACAUGGGCUGGGGAUUAGGGUUUGGGAUCCCCACCGUGUUCAUGGCGGUGGCCAUCGGGAGCUUCCUCUCCGGGAGCCCUCUGUACAGGUUCCAGAGUCCCGGGGGAAGCCCCCUCACGAGGGUCUCCCAGGUCCUCGUCGCCUCCCUGAGGAAGUGGAGAAUCAGCUUGCCCAGUGACAGCUCCCUGCUCUUCGAGCUCCCCGAUAAAGUUUCCGCCAUCAGAGGCAGCCGGAAGCUGGAGCACACCCAAGAAUUCCGGUAACUCUUUCUGGGUUUUCUUUGUCUCCGGUAAAGAUCUGAUGGUUCUCUUCUUCUUCUUUUUCUUCUUCUCCGGCGUGAUCUUCGUCGCUGUUGCAGGUUUCUGGACAGAGCGGCGGCGAAGGUGGUGAAGGUGGCGGAGGAGGAGGAGGAGAGGCCGAAUCCAUGGCGGCUUUGCACGGUGACGCAGGUGGAGGAGCUGAAGAUUCUGGUGAGGAUGUUCCCGAUCUGGGCAACGGGGAUCGUCUUCAACGCGGUGUACGCGCAGAUAUCGACCAUGUUCGUGGAGCAGGGGAUGGUGAUGCAGACGAAGAUCUGGGGGUUCACGAUUCCGCCGGCGUCGCUGUCGGUCUUCGACGUGGUCAGCGUCAUCAUCUGGGUUCCCUUCUACGACCGCGUGGUGGUGCCGGUGGCCCGGAGGUUCACCGGCAGAGAGAGGGGCUUCUCGGAGUUGCAGAGAAUGGGAGUGGGGCUCUUCAUCUCCAUCCUGGCCAUGGUGGCAGCGGCGGUGGUGGAGAUCAAGCGGCUGGAGCUGGUAAAGGCGGAGGGGCUGGUGGAGACGGGGGCGGCGGCGCCGCUGAGCAUCUUGUGGCAGAUCCCACAGUACUUCCUCGUCGGCGCCGCCGAGGUCUUCACCUUCAUCGGGCAGCUGGAGUUUUUUUACGACCAGUCGCCAGACGCCAUGAGGAGCCUCUGCAGCGCCUACUCGCUGUUCGCCACCGCGCUGGGGAACUACCUGAGUUCCUUCAUCCUCACCGUGGUGGCCACCCUCAGCGCCAGCAACGGCGCCGCCGGGUGGAUACCGGACAACUUGAACGAGGGUCACCUGGAUUACUUCUUCUGGCUGCUGGGCGGGCUCAGCUUCCUCAACCUCCUGGUCUACCUCUCCUGCGCCGCCAGGUACCAGUGCAAGAAGACCUCUUGA